UUGCUGAUUGGUUUAGUGACGUGGUAGUGUUGAAUUUGAAAAGGCUUUUUCUAACUGUUGCACAGAGCGUGACGGCAAAUCAGAGGCAGAGGAUUGUUUUAUAAAAAAGUCAUUAUGGCACCCAGAAAACGAACCCAGAAUACAAAAAACAACAAGAAGAAUCCCAAAACGCACAAGCUAGAGGCUUUUCUGCUUGACUUUGACGAUGAAGUACAUACGAUUGUUGAAAGACUGAAGGAAAAGACCAACAACCUUCUGAAAGAUGCAGACAACCUUUACAAGACAGCGCUGAUCAAACUGCCUAUGGCAGUGAGAAAAAUGAACUGGAUAGAUUACUCCAAUGUAGACAAGCCAAAGUCACCAGUGGAUGAUUCAAAGGUAAGGGAGGAAGCAGCUCAAGUGGAACUUGCUAUUGCUGAGAAUCAUGCCAUUCCUUCCAAGUAUGCCACUAAAGAAGACAAAAACGGUGCAAACUCGGAGGAUGAAAACAUUGCGCCUCUCAAAACUGCAGUGAAAAAGAAAAAGGCUCCAAAAAAGGCACCUUCAACAUCCAAGAAGGCCAGGGCUCUCUCCAUUAGCAAACAGGGUAACACCAUCCAAAGGACUUCAAGAAAGCCUCUAGUCACUCCUGCUAGAAGUUUGCUCGAGUCUUCAAUCAUUGGUGCCACGCCACUCAUCACACCACGCUUUGACCCCAGAUUGCCCAAGACUCCAGCUGUGAGACUGGCACAGCACAAGGAGAAGGUGUAUAGCAUGUCCGUUAAUGGCUCGCCCAUUGCUGGGAGUGCGGAGGACAUCGUCAUUAGCGUUCCACUUGGAAAUGGAGAGUGUAUCCAGCUGCUGGCUAAUGAGAUGGACUCUGUGGACCUGAGCCAGCUGGAUGAAAAUGCCAUACGCAGUAUCAGAAACCUGCAGAAUCGGCUCACAACUCUUUGUGGAACGUCAAAGUGAACUAUUACAUUAGCUUUGUACAGUAUGCUCUCCUGUAAUUUUACUUCAAACCAGCAGCAUUUUAUACUUGUCAGCGCCAUUUUAUUCCUGCAUUAUAACAUUGUGUGGCCUGUACUUCAGUUUAAAUGAUUUCUUGAGCUUUUAAAUGGUAUGUAAAUAAUAUUAGUAGUUUUACGGUUCACAUAAUCUUUGAUGUAACACCUUUUGUAAAUAUGACUCAUAAACUACAAGAUUCCAUAUCUCUAAUGUACAUUUUUUUCCUCACACUUUCAUUUAAAAGUUUGGCAGUAUUCCUCAUUGUGCAUGAUUUUGUUUGAAGACAUGGAACAGAGAUCGGUGCUGUAGCAUUUCAUAUGAAAUGAAUCAACCUUAAAACAAUAGUUUGCCCAGUAAUGGAAAUUCUGUAAUUUAUUCAGCAUGCCUUUCGACUCAUUCCACAUAUGACUUGCUUCUGUGGAACACAAAAGAUAUUCAGGAAUGUUCACACCAUGCUCUUCCAUACUAUGAAGCUUAAAGUGACCAAGUGCUGUCAAGCCUCAAUAAUGACCUUUUGAAAGCACCACAAAUGUAUGCCAAUAUGACUUUCACAAUAAAAUUAAAAGUCUUCAAAAAUAUAGGAAGUCAAAUGUUCACUUGGUGUGUGUGGACAGACUAAAAUUUUUUGUUCUUUGAUAAUUUUCUCUGCAAAAAUGAAUAUAAUCAAUGCCUGAAUUAAAUUUGAGAAUAUAGUUUCAGUAAAGAAAGACUUAUUUUUGUCUGUCCGUUGCACAAAGCUGUCAAAUGGCUUUAGAAGACUUAGAAAAUAAUGCACAAGUUUUAUGGACUAGGUUUUGUUACUAUAUUUUGCUUUUAUUAAACUUUUUGGAGAUUGACAGUCCUUACUCACUUUAUGCUUUUAUUUCAGAAAGUGUGAAUAUUCAAAUUCCUUUUUAUUUCAGCUCUGUAGGUCCAUACAAUGCAAGUGAAUGUGUGCCAAAAUGUUGACACUCCAAAUAGCACAUAAAGGCAUCAUAAAAGUAAUCCAUAUGGUUAUCCAUAGAUUUGGGUAAAAAACAGAUAAAUAUUUGUCCUUUUUUUUCUUUAAAUUCUUCUCGCUGCCUUGGAGGGGCAGUAUGCACAAAGAAUGAAAAAGUGAUCUGUUUCUCACUCGCAUAUCAAAUCACUUCUGAAUAUAUAGAUUUAACCACUAGAGUCUUAUGGUUUACUUUUAUGAUGACUUAUGUGAUUUUUGGAGCUUCAAAAGUUUGGCACCCAUUCACUUUUAUUGUAUAGACCAAAAGAGCUGGGAUGGCAUAAGGGUGAGUAAAUGAUGAGAGAAUUUUUGUUUUUGGUGAACUCUAUUCCUUUAAAAACUUUGGUAGGAGGAUUGAUCUCAAGUGAAUACAGUAAAAAUUAGGCAAAGGUCUGGCUAUGCUAGACUAAGUACAUAGUAAUAUGUUUAUAUAUAUAUAUAUAUAUAUACUGUAUUUCUUUUAUU